CCAAGAAAACAGUGGUCUUUUUCAUUUAAUAGUACAUGUAGGACUGUGUUUUUGAAGAUAAAGUGGAUGUGGCUGCAGAUAAAGCGACAGGACAGGUUCCAGUCUAAUUCAAGAUCAGUGAUCAAAGUCCAUGGCCAUGGUUAAUGUACAAAUCCAACAAGUGGUCGCGGUUUCCAACACAAACUAUAUCAGCCUUCAUUCAUCAGGCAGAGAAUUGAACUACAGGACGGAAGAAUCAUGCCUGGCAAAGUCAAAGGACUGAUGGAUCGUCUUCAUGACGGCGAAUCAGUGGUCAUCGCGGAGGGAUAUUUGCACCUCUUUGAGCGACGCGGUUACUUGCAGGCUGGUGCCUAUGUACCCGAGGUGGUACUGGAAUAUCCCGAGAUGGUUCGCCUACAAUAUGAAGAGUUUUACCGGGCAGGGAGUGAUGUGGUUUUAGCCUUUACGUACUACGCCCAUCGUGAGAAAGUAUCGCUGAUCGAUCGCGAGGCAGACCUGGAAAAGAUGAACCGUACAGCACUGCGCAUGGCCAGGGAAGUCGCGGAUAAAACUGGAUCUCUCAUGGCCGGCAACAUCUGUAACAGCAACAUCUACGUUCCUAAUGAUCCGGACAUUACUGCCAAGAUUAAGAGCAUGUUUAAGGAACAGAUCGAAUGGGCCGUAGAAGAAGGUGCUGAUUUUAUUCUUGCUGAGACAUUCAGCGAUUUGGGAGAGGCAUUGUUGGCGCUGGAAGCAGUCAAAACAUACGGGAAAGGCCUGCCUGUCGUCGUCACCAUGGCAUGGCACAAGAACGAAGUCAACGGUCGGCCAGCCACGAUUGACGGUGUGGAAAUCUGCGAGACGUUUAAGCAACUGGAGGCAGCUGGAGCUGAUGUGCUUGGCCUGAACUGCGCCCGCGGUCCCACCACGAUGCUCCCGCUGAUGGAGGAGGUCAAGAAAUGCAUCAAGACGCCGUUGGCUGCCAUUCCAGUUCCAUAUCGAACGACUAAAGCGGAGCCCAACUUCCAGUCUCUGACUGAUCCGUUGUCUGGCAAGCGUCUGUUCCCUGAAGAUCUGAACGCUGCGCUGUGCAGCCGCUCAGACAUCAAGGAGUUUGGUCGUCGUUGCCAGGAGCUUGGCAUACAGGUCGUGGGUGUGUGCUGUGGGAACGAGUGCCAUUACACCCGUACGUUGUGCGAGACACUGGGACGCACAGUACCAGCUUCGCGCUACUCCGCCGAUAUGUCCAAGCAUUACAUUUUUGGGACCAGCGAGAAGUUAUCUACACGCUACACAAGCGGAGAAGGCAAACAGCACACGGCCUAAGAUGAUUCAAUAUAAAAAAGACUUAUGACAGUGAUUGAUAUUCAAGGCAUGCAACUGGGAAGUAACGCAGAAGUGGAAAUUCAAAGCUUAAAGUUUUAAUGCCUUAAGUGUGAAGUGAAACACAAUAAUUCAGCUGAUCCGCUAGGAAUACUUUGCAUGCCUGUGAUAAUUGGCUUUCGAAACCAUCAGCUUUUUGAGGAAAAAGAGUCUACCAAUAUUCAAAUUUCGCUUAAUAUCAAUAACUUCGGCCCUGAUUGUGCUCAGGACUUACGUCAUUUUCGUGUCAAAAAUAUUCCAAACUAAUUGUUAUUGCCUAAUUUAUCAUUGAAAGUUGGUGCAUUUUCUUUUCCGAACGAAAUUUAAAGGAAUUUAAUAUACCAGUCUUUAAUAAAUUUGCUUGUUGUUUUUGCAGACCUUUAUACAGUUGAAAAAAGGCUUUUAAAUAGCACGCUCCAGUUCAGAAAUUGCGCAAACUUACUCAGAUCGAGCGUCCCGCUCUUAAUUCAAAACUUGAAAGUAAUUAGUCGAGUACUUGUCGUGGCCCGACUUUUAUUUUUGCGGUGUUUCAUUGGAAAGCACAUAACAAAUGCAUUGCUAGAAAAUUAUCAAUUCAAUUUGAAAAUCUAUUUUCAAGGUGCCACACUCAAAAGGCACGUAAACACCGAUUUUAAUGUAAGUAACAGCAAUAAGUCCGAACUACCAAUUCUGGUGGUGUUGAUAUUCUGGGAACUUAUAUCGGGGUCAAUUUUAUGCUCUUUUUUUUAAUAUCCAACGAAGCAGAACACAUCAACAUAUGGUAAAGCAUAAUUUGCAUUUCCGUGUUUAAAUUUCGCCGAUUAUACUGCUGGGUAAAUAUGAAUUAGUCAUAUUGUUACAAAAACCGAAUCAAAAAUAUCCAUAAUGUUUUGGAUUGCCACCAAAAACCUUGGGCCGUAUGAAUAAAAACUAGCAUUUGCGUUUACUACCAUGCACUUUUAAAGCUUUUACUUGCAUCUGUAUGAAUAAAAUACAGCAAUUGAUUUUACUAAAAA